AUGAUCGUCGGGAGGAAGAAUGCCGGCAAGGCCUCUCCCUUCUUGCUCAUCCUCAUCUCGGUCGGCUGCUUCUUCGCGACCUACAACUUCCUGACAAUGGUGGGCCACAGCCGAAGCGGAGACGGGCCACGCAAAUUGCUCGGCGGCGGCGAUCAGGGCGGUGCCGUCGCCUUCGGGUCUGGUUCGGACCCGUCGAAGAGGUUCCACGUCGCCCUUACGGCGACGGAUGCGCUGUACAGCCAGUGGCAGUCGCGGAUAAUGUACUACUGGUACAAGCAGAUGAGAGUCAGGCCUGACUCGGAUAUGGGCGGCUUCACGCGGAUCCUUCACUCUGGAAAGCCGGACGGUUUGAUGGAUGAGAUACCCACCUUAGUUGUUGACCCCCUCCCUGAAGGCGCUGACAGGGGUUACAUUGUCCUCAAUAGACCCUGGGCAUUUGUCCAAUGGUUGCAGAAGGCGAACAUCAAGGAGGAUUAUAUACUUAUGGCUGAGCCAGAUCAUAUCUUUGUGAAGCCUUUGCCAAACUUAGCUCACGGUGAAGAACCUGCCGCAUUUCCCUUUUUCUACAUCAAACCAACUGACAAUGAGAAGAUACUAAGGAAGUUUUUUCCAGAAGAAAAAGGUCCUGUCUCAAAUAUUGAUCCUAUUGGCAACUCCCCUGUGAUUAUCCAGAAGGCCCAGCUUGAGAAGAUUGCUCCAACCUGGAUGAAUGUUUCGCUAAAAAUGAAAGAGGAUGUGGAGACAGACAAAGCUUUUGGAUGGGUCUUGGAAAUGUAUGCAUAUGCUGUUGCAAGUGCAUUGCAUGGUGUGCACCACAGCCUCCAAAAAGAUUUCAUGAUUCAGCCUCCAUGGGACGCGAAAUCAGACAACACAUUCAUCAUCCAUUAUACUUACGGAUGUGACUAUUCAUUAAAGGGUGAGCUGACUUAUGGUAAGAUCGGGGAAUGGCGUUUUGAUAAGAGAUCUUAUCUUCGCUCACCACCACCGAGAAAUCUUUCAUUACCCCCUCCAGGAGUUCCUGAAAGUGUGUUCACGUUUCUGAAAUUUCUGAAUUGCCUUGCGUCAAAGUGUAAAAUCUUAUCUUUCUGGCAUUCACAAUAG